AGCAGCUCCAACUGUUGCCCGGACAUUCAGCAUCCACGUCCUGACACAGAGGGAGCGAGACGGCUCACCGAGCGCGAAGUGAGAGGAGAGGAGGAACAUUUACGCACAGCCGCCUCAGUCUGGAUUGUUUUUGGCGCGUCUUUAAAGCCCACCCUGGAUAGUCGUGGACCGCAUUUUUUCCGCACUUCUCGCCUCUCGGAGUUUGAUUUUUUUUUUUUCCUCCCCCCAUUUCAGCACUUAAAUGGCAGCUCUGAUAAUGAUUUCCUCGCACCUGCUCCUGUUGAUGUCCAGCUGUUUCCUGGGUGCAGCAUCAGUUCGGACCAUGAAAGGGAGCUCUGGGAGCGCACAGGACCGCGGCAUCCUCCAGCCCUCGUCGGACCCCUCCUCGGACGACCUGGAUCAGGACAUGCUCUCCCAGCACAUGUCCAAACUGUACGAGAGAUACAACAGCGAGAAGCGCCUCAGGGAGGGAAACACCGUCAGGAGUUUCAGAGCCAGCCAAGACUCGUCUGACCACAGGACGAUGUACAGACUGAACCUCACAACCCUCCAGGACUCCGAGGUCGCCCUCUCUGCCUCAUUCCACUUCCUGCUCGAUCGGCACCCUCAUCAAAAGCCCUGGUUCUGUAAACGCUUCAAAAGCCCGUCCUGUCGUUCCACAGUUGCCCACCCUUCUCCUCCGUCCAUCAGCCUGCUCCUUCGCUCCGUCUCCUCUGGGUCAGAGGUCAGAUCGGGGUCAACGGGGUCGCUUCUAGGCAAUGUGACCUUCCACCCCCACAGGAGAGGGGUGUGGCAGAUGAAAGAUGUGACCCAGGUCAUCAGGGAGGCACGGGACAAGGGUCAUCUCCUGGUGUCAGUGGAGUUGGACUUAGGGCAGCAGUACCAGAGGAAAUCGAAGGAGGCGCUGCCUGCUGGCAGCCUGCCCUACCUGUUACUGUACGCUGAUGACCAGGCCUUGGCAGAGCCCAACAGCGUGGCUGCAAGCCUUCAGAGAUAUGACCCGUCCAGCGAGGGAGGUGAGCCUUCACAUUCCUCCCAGCUCCUGCACAGACCCAUCUCGUCACCAGAGUCAAAAGGACGCGUGAGAAGGGAAGCAACUCUGCUCUCUGACCCCGUUCAGAACAAUGAGCUGCCCGAGGUCGACUACAGGCCUGAUGGAUACAGGAAGGACGACCUUUGGGAGAGCACUUGGUACCUGGCGCUCAAACCCAAGCCUCGAUCUGGAAAGAAGGAAAAGAAGAGAAAGGUCCAGGAAGAAGAAGGAGUAGAGCACGUCAGAGAUAAGGACGUUCGUAAAGAAGAAGAAGAAGGAACAUCGCAGGGGCUCAAACCCGAUGACUCGACCGUGAAAAAACUCAAAGACAGUCGCACGCUGACUGUCAGCGAGGGGCGGAAACAUGAGCGGAGGAAUGAGGGAAGGGAUGGAAAAAAGCACAAGGGGAGCACAAACUCUCAGUCACCUGUUCUGAGUUUUGAUGAGCAAACCAUGCGUAAGGCCUGGAGGAGGCAGUGGGCCGACAACCAGCACAGAGGCUGCUCCAGGAGGAACCUCCGAGUGGAUUUUGCAGACAUUGGCUGGAGCGAGUGGGUCAUAGCACCCAAGGCCUUUGACGCCUACUACUGCACCGGCACAUGUGGAUUUCCCAUGCCCAAGGUGGCGAGGCCGUCCAACCACGCCACCAUCCAGAGCAUAGUCCGAGCCGUCGGGAUCAUCCCUGGGGUCCCCGAGCCCUGCUGCGUCCCAGAGAAGAUGAGCCCCCUGGCCGUGCUCUACCACGACGAAUCCAGGAACCCGGUGCUGAAGAUUUACCCCAACAUGUCCGUCCAGUCCUGCUCCUGCAGAUAGGGCGGGGAGGGCAACAUACGCCGAGGACGCAACAUGUGGAGAGAAACACAAAACAAAACAAAAAACAGGACUAAUGGAGACAGAACCGUACCUCUGUUUGUCGGGUGGUUUCUCGAGACCGAGAAACACUUCGGACGCCGGGUAUUCCUCGAGGAACGUAGGAUGUAGAGAAAUCACUUCCAUCUCUUCUGUCCCCGCGGCAGAGAACUUGAAGAGACACACUGUCUGGCGUCUGCCUUGGCGAGAGGGAAACGGAGUCGCACAUGUAAAGUCACGGCUCCACAUGUCCAAGAAGCCCGCUUUGUUUUGAUUCUGUGUCUGAGAUAAUAUUGAGGAUUUUUGCGGACAGGACAUGUUUUCCCUUUAAUCUCGGCGCUCGCUUUUCCAACAGCUCCCAGUGAGUUUGUGUUCAUGUUUUCUUUGGACACGAAGGCUAUAAAUAAAAGACUUUAUUAUUAUCAGUGUGUCAUCGGGGCAGCUUACACAGUCACGUACAGAUGCCAGAGAUUAUUAUGAAACAUACUUGUACGUUUUUUUUUUUCAAACCGCGCGCAGCUGUUCUUACUUUUAAGCUAAUCGCCGGCCACAUUGUACAUACAUGCAACGUUGAUUUGUUUGCACGACAGGAAGGUUAUUGUACAUUCUUGCCCCGUGUAUCUUAAAAAAGGAAACAUCCAAUGGAUUGCGGAGAGCAUCUGGAUUUCAUUUACACCCACCCAGCCCCGUCAUAACACUUCAAGAAUGUUAUAUCGAAACCAGAAAUAUUUUUCUAUUUUGAAUGUGAAUCUCGGUUAAAAAAUAAUUUGUCAUGGUUACUAGGUCAUGUAUUCCUAUAUUCUAGAUGAGAUGGUGUUUUGUACAUGUGUAUUGUUUAAAUUAUGGAAAGGUAGCCGUCUAUGAAUUAGAAUUAAAAAAAGAAAAGUAAUUUAAUCCGA